AUGAUCAAAGUCAAUGAACCAAACAAACGGAGGAAAGUUGAUGAACCGUUUUUCAGCCGACUACAGCAACUACCAAGACGAGGCUCGGUACCCCCUACGCCCCCGAUAGCGUACCACGGACUCAUCCCUCCAACACCACCAAUCGACAACACGCAACCGGAGUAUGGUUGGAACAGAGGAGCAAGAUACAGCCAACACGGAGGAUCGAGAAAAGGUUCCCUCGUUGGAAACGGGGGUGGACAGCCACUUCUGAAGCCACCUGUGUCGGCAACCUCACAAACUGACUGCGAGGAACGGAGUCUUAUUGUAGCCAAAGAUCCAUUCAAAGACUAUCCCCCAAGUGUCCACUGUCGAAAUGGCUCAAAGGAUGAAGCCACGACGCUCUCACCAACAGACCGCCCUGCCCCGACACAGCACAUUAUUGGCUGUUCGUGCAUGGUUUGCACAGGGGCUGGCACGCCUCACAUUCCGCCUCCGCUGAACAUAGAAUUACGACUGCAGGAUGGUACCGGCGAGGCUGAGUUGCCGACCAAUUUCGUUCUAUCACCCACCACACUCAUUGAAACAGGCCUGCCGAAUCCACGGCACAAGAUCCGUCGCCAGCUGAGAAGAAAAUUCAUCUAUCCCGUGUUUUAUAUUCUGGGAUGGAUGGCUCCGUUUGCCGCCCAUGUGUCCCAGGCUGAUAGGACUGGACGCCCCUUCCCGCUGGUCCUGGCUGGGCUUAUGAGCCUCUGCAUUCAAGGCCUGGUGGACUCGGUGGUAUUCUUGAUGCUGGAAAAGCCGUGGCGUCAUCGCAAGCGCCCCGCCUGCUUUAUGCCUCUGCGCAAGUGCUCCACGAUGAAGAAUAGUUCGGCGAGAGUUGGCCGGACCAGAGAAGAGAUGCUUGUUGAGGGCAGACUUGCAAAGACAAGAAGGGACCGAGAAGAGGAAGACCAACGACGUCAGCCACAACGGCUGGAGACAAAUAAGCGCGAGUGGUGGGAUGCUAAACUUCCUGGGAUAGACGAGUCGGGAGACGAAGAUUUAUAG